CUGAGAGGAGAUGCCAUGACCUUCACCUUCACAGCCCUGCUCUGUCUUGGACUGACUCUGAGCCUCUCGAUCCCAGUACUGAAAGGGUCCCUCCCUAAGCCUAUCCUCAGAGCACACCCAGACUCUGUGGUCUCAAUGAGGACUAAAGUGACCUUCUUGUGUGAGGGGACCAUUGGAGCCAACAAGUACAUGCUCUAUAAAAAUGGCCAGCUAUAUGCAAGAGUCACAAACAACCAACAGAAACCAGAAAACAAGACUGAAUUCUCAUUGUCGUAUGUAGACCAUCAAAAUGCAGGGCAAUAUCAAUGUUCCUAUAGGACCCAGGGUAAAUCAUCAGACUUCAGUGACUCUCUGGAGCUUGUGGUGACAGGAGCCUACGGGAAACCCAGCCUUUCAGCACAAACCAGCCCUGUGGUGACCUCAGGAGAGUAUGUCACCCUCCAGUGUGAGUCCAGGCAGUAUUAUCACAGCUUCAUUCUGAUAGUAGAAGGACCACAGAAGCUCUCCUGGAGACAAGACUCACAGUAUAACCAGUCUACUGGGAAGUUCCAGGCCCUGUUCUCUGUGGGCCCUGUGACCCCCAACCAGAGAUGGAUAUACAGAUGCUACAGCUAUGACAAGAACAAACCACAGGUGUGGUCAGAUCCUAGUGAACCCCUGGAGCUUCUAGUCUCAGGGAACCUCCAAAAACCAACCAUCAAGGCUGAACCAGGCUCUGUGAUCCCCUCCAGAAGAGCCAUGACCAUCUGGUGUCAGGGGAACCUGGAUGCAGAAAUAUGUUUUCUGAAUAAGGAGGGAAGCCAAGAAACCUGGAGCACAAAGACAUCACAGGAGCCUAGGAACAAGGGCAAGUUCUUCAUCCCUUCUGUGACAGAAGAGCAUGCAGGGCAAUAUCACUGUUACUGUUACAGCUCAGCUGGUUGGUCAGAGCCCAGUGACACCCUGGAGAUGGUGGUGACAGGAAACUAUGGCUACUAUAAACCCAUGCUGUCAGUACUUCCCAGCCCUGUGGUGACAGUAGGAGGGAACAUGACACUCCAGUGUGCCUCACUUAGGCACUAUGAUAAAUUCACUCUCACCAAGGAAGUUCAGAAAUUCACCAGCUCACUGGACACACAGUAUAAUCAUUCUAGUGGACUGUAUGAAGCCCUGUUUUUUAUGGGACCCAUGACCCCAAACUACACAGGGACAUUCAGAUGUUACGGUUACUAUGAGCAUGCCUCACAGCUGUGGUCAGUACCCAGUGAGCUCCAACAAAUACUUAUCUCAGGACUGUCCAAGAAGCCCUCUCUGCUCACUCACCAAGGCCAUAUCCUAGACCCUGGAAUGAGCCUCACCCUGCAGUGUUGCUCUGACAUCAACUAUGACAGAUUUGCUCUGUACAAGGUGGGAGAAUCUAACAUCAUGCAGCACCCUAGUCAGAGGACCGACACUGGCGUCUCCAUGGCCAACUUCACACUCGGCCGUGUGAGCCCCUCCACUGGAGGCCAAUUCAGAUGCUAUGGUGCACACAACCUCAGCUCUGAGUGGUCAGUGUCCAGUGAUGCCCUGGACAUCCUGAUCACAGGACAGUUCCGUGUCACUCCUUCCCUCUCAGUGAAGCCUAACUCCACAGUACACUCAGGAGAGAAUGUGACCCUGCUGUGUUGGUCAGUGUACAGUGUGGACGCUUUCAUUCUGUCCAAGGAGGGAUCAGCCCAGCCACCCCUGCGACUAAAAUCAAAGUUCCAAGAUCGGCAGUUCCAGGCAGAAUUCUCCAUGAAUGCUGUGACCUCCCAUCUCUCAGGCACCUACAGGUGCUAUGGUUCUCAAGACUCAUCUCUCUACCUGUUGUCACAUGCCAGUGUCCCUGUGGAGCUCACAGUCUCAGGACCCAUCAGAACCUCUACCUUGCCGCCCACAACGUCCAUGACAACAGAUGGACUGCAAAGGUACCUAAAGGCUCUGAUUGGAGUGUCUGCGGCCUUCCUCCUGUUCCUCUUCAUCCUCAUCCUCAUCCUUCUCCGAAGAAGACAUCAGGGAAAAUUCAGGAAGGAUGGUGAGGAGGCCCAAAAAGAGAAAGAAUUACAACUUCCUGCAGGAGCCGCAGAGCCCAUAACCAGGGACAGAAAACCCCAGAAGAGGUCAAACCCAGCUGCUGCCACCCAGGAAGAAAGCCUUUAUGCUUCAGUGGAGGACACGCAAACUGAGGAUAGUGUGGAGCUGGAGAGUCGGAGACUACCUGAGGAAGAUCCCCAGGGAGAGACAUAUGCCCAGGUGAAACCCUCCAGGCUCAGGAGGGCAGGAGCUGUUUCACCUUCUGUCAUGUCAAGGGAACAGCUGGACACAGAAUAUGAACAAGCAGAAGAGGGCCGAGAAGUUGACAGUCAGGUUGCCGAACCUGAGGAGCCCCAGGAUGUGACCUAUGCCCAGCUGUGCAGCAGGACACUCAGACAGGGGACAGCUGCACCUCCUCUCUCUCAGGCAGGGGAAGCCCCAGAGGAGCCAACUGUAUAUGCUGCUCUAGCAACUGCUCGUGUGGGGGCUGUUCCCAAGGACAAGGAGCAAUGACCCUCUGCCUCCCAGGAUGACUAACAGAGACCUCCAAGGGACUCUGGGAACUUUUGGAAACCUGACUGCACUUUGAGUAAUAUCAGUUUGGA